AUGGCCGCGCUCCCCGUUGUCCGCCACUGCGUCCGCCUCCAUCCCGGCCUCCCCGUGCUACUCACCACCACCACUCUCUCCUCGUUCGAAGUUAUCAAGGAUCUACUCCCUGAUGGUGUCAUAUAUCAGUUUGCUCCUCUUGACUGUCCUAAUGCAAUAGACAGUUUUAUUGGAUACUGGAAGCCAAGUUUGGUACUUCUUCUGGAAAGUGAACUCUGGCCAAACCUCAUUAUGUCUGCAGCAGCAAAAGGGAUUGCAGUGGCGCUUUUAAAUGCUCGCCUAUCAUUGAAAUCUUUCAACCACUGGUCGAUGCCUGUAGGGUUCCCAUUAGUUGCUCUGAUGCUCUCUAAACUAUCACUUGUUGUCCCAUUGAGUACUAUUCAGGCUGUUCGUUUUCAGUUGCUACAUACACCACCAGGGAUCAUACAUUUUGCUGGAGAUUUAAAAUAUGCUGUUGGAGAUGUUAAUGCCGGGGAGAAUCAGGUCAACGAAAUAAAAGAUCUACAACAGCAGUUUAGCGACAGGCCCCUCUGGAUGGCUGCUUCUAUUCACAGAGGUGAAGAAGAAGUCAUCCUCCGCGUUCAUGAUGAGUUGGGCAAGAUGUAUCCCGCUCUACUACUAAUUCUUGUGCCAAGACAUCCUGAAGACUGCAAGAAUAUUUCCUUGGCACUAAAGAAACAAAAGAUCAAUUUUGUGCUGAGGUCAACUAGGGAAGUGGUGUCUUCAACCACUAGGGUAUACAUGGUUGAUACUUUAGGGGAAUUAAGAAUGCUUUACAGGGUCACCCCAGUUGCAGUUAUUGGCGGUUCAUUUCUACCUGGCUUAGCCGGCCAUAAUAUUUCUGAGGCUGCUGCAGCUGGUUGUGCUGUUGUGACUGGACCCCACGUUGGACACUUCUACCAUAUGCUGGUUGAAAUGUGGCAAAUAAAUCCUUUAGCUGUCAAGCAGGUGUCAGGAGAAUUCGAACUUCUGCAAACACUAAAAGAACUGCUUGGUGAUGCCAGCACUCUGGGAGCACAUCAAAGAGCUGCAAAAAAUGCAUUUUCCAUUAUGUCAGAUGGAGUUGUGAACCGUGUAUGGAAUUUAGUCAGCAGGGACUGUUGGAGUAGUGGAAAUGUCACCGGUGAUUGUGGCAUGCUGGCGACCUGGUGA